UGACCCUAAUUCGAGACUCUUAAGAUACACAUUUAAAUGACUCUAAGCCCUUUAACAAGUUUAUUGCUGUCCUUGUUUAAUUUGAUUUGAAAUUAAAAUCAUAUUUUCGCAGUCUUGGACCUAAACAGUAUGCUCAGUUACAGUCCAAGCAAAUUUUCUUACGUCCCCCUUCUUUUUUUUUUCUUUCUAGCCUAUCUUCCUUCUUGUUCUUCUUUCUCUUUUUAUCUCCGUAGACGGGAAAUCAUAAGAUAUGCUAACAAAAAGAGAAUUCAAAGCAAAAUAUAAGCCCAUUAAAAAAAUAAGCCUUCCGAAAUGGCAAUUCAAACCUUCAAUUCAAAGGAUAAUCAGACGUCAGGUGUCAGCCACAGGAAAAGUAUCUUAUGAUGUCCAAUUUCAAAAUAAACAGACAGCCAUCAUACCUGCUCGUCAUUUACAAGAUCUCUACCAUGACAUGAUUGAAGAAUAUGAAUUGAAUGCUUUUAGAAGAGAAGAAAAGAGAGAAGAAAAUAUAAAGCAAGAAAAAAGACGAUCAAGGCGUCUUGUUCAAAGAUACGAAUCAUCAGACGACGAGUACACAUCAAAUGACAGUAACGACGACAAUGAGGAAUCAGUCACUUUAACCACCCGUAGUGGUCGAAUUCAAAUAGCCCCCAAAACAUUUCAUAAAGAGUUUUAUGCCAUAUUCAACCCGAAAAAGAAGAGCAAGGAAAAGUUUUAUCAUGUUCCACUCUACUCUGACGAUUUUAUAGAUCAACACGCCAACAUCUGUUUUCGUUGUCGUAAACCAGGAUAUCCUAAUGGCCCAAAGAACGAUACCGUCGAAAUCUCAACAGGCCCUGAAUGCGCCAGAACACGUCUGUUGAUGUGUAGUACGUGUUCUCUUUCUUGUCACAACAAUUGCUUACCCACCAAACCUAAACUCGGUCUCAAUGUGGACACAGGCACUUACAGCUGCACCAAAUGUAGAAGUAAAAAGGAUUAUUGUAUGGCAUGUGAGAAGGCGGCGGAUAAGAAUAAUGAUCAAGUUCUCUUACGAUGCGGAUCAUGUUAUCGAGUCCAUCACCCAGCUUGUGCGGAUAGGAAUGUCUUUCAAGAUGGUAUCUGUGUUGACUGUGUUACCUACAGUAAUCGCCAGGCACAUAUGAUUUUAGCACAGCGAACGAAUGAUAAAAAUCACAAAGAAAUGCUCGUCAAAUGGAAAAAUACAUCCUUCAAUCACCUCGAUUGGGUUCCUGCUACAUGGUUACAUUCUCUCCAUACCAUGCUGCAUAAUAAUUUUAGAAAAAAACACGGGGCAGCGGAUACUCAAACCAAAAACGGGCGUUAUUUCCCCCAGGAAUGGACAAUGGUGGAAAGAAUAUUGAAUGUAGAAUGGGAAGAUAAAGCAAACCAGAAGCCGAAACGGAUAUUUGCAGUGUUUAAAGACAUGGAUUAUGAAGAAGCCAUGUGGGAUGAACCUCCCUCAGAGGAUAAGCCUGAGCUAUACACGCCUUACAAAGAGGCGCUGGAUCGAUAUAUUAAUGCAUCCAAAGUACGUCCUCCACAAAAGAUGAGGCAGUUGAUUGCUGAUGUUAGAAAACUGGCGAAUGCUGAAAAGUAUGAAUCACACGAAAUCAAGGCCCAACCCAAAUACAUCAAUGGAGGUACACUCAUGCCUCAUCAAUUAGAAGCUUUAAAUUGGCUGCUCUUUCAGUGGGAAAAGAAGCAAUCAUGUGUCCUGGCUGAUGAUAUGGGACUUGGUAAAACUAUUCAAAUUGUCUCCUUCUUACAUGUCCUUUUCAGGAAAUACAACAUUUACCCAUUCAUUAUUGUUGUUCCAAACAGUACAGCCACCAACUGGAUUCGUGAGUUCCGAAAAUGGACACCUGAAUUAGUUGUCGUGCCUUUCUUUGGCCUAGGUGCAAGCCGUAGAUUAGCAUUAGAUAACGAGAUUUUUGACAAAAACAUGAACUUGAAGUGUCACGCUAUUGUGGCAACCUACGAGUCUAUCCAAGAAUCAUCCAAACUACAAAAUAUCUUUUGGCCUGUCAUGGUUGUGGAUGAGUCUCAACGCUUAAAAAAUGAUGAAUCACAAUUGUUUAAAUCACUAUGUCGAUUCAAUAAGGAUCAUUCGGUCUUGUUGACAGGCACUCCUUUACAAAACAACUUGAAGGAACUGUUUAACAUCAUGAACUUUAUUCGACCUGAUGAAUUCGAAGGUACCCAGGCUGAAAACUAUGAGGAAUUGACACGCGAACAAGUAGAAGAACUACACGGCCGACUGAGACCUUACUUUUUGAGACGAACUAAAGAAGAGAUUCUCAAGACGUUACCCCCCAAGUACGAAAUUAUUGUGCCCUUGUCUAUGACCCCUCUACAAAAGGAAGUGUACAAAUCAUGUCUUAGUCGAGAUAUUGAAAGCAUCCUGGGCACUAAUGCGUACAAACGAUCCAAAGGACUUGCAUCUAUUUUUAUGAACUUGCGUAAAGUUUUGAACCAUCCCUAUUUGAUUGACGGAGUUGAGACACCUCAGUCCACACCAGAAGAUACCCAGAAGGCUAUGAUUGACGCCUGUGAAAAGCUCAAGUUCUUUCACCAGAUGUUACCCAAGCUUCGAUCUCAAGGACACCGUGUACUCGUGUUUUCAACCAUGACGCGUGUACUUGACGUGAUUGACGACUACUUGACACAUGAAGGAAUCCCGUUUGCUCGUUUGGAUGGAUCAGACAGCGAAAGAGAACGUGUUCGCAACAUUGAUGCAUUCAAUGCGCCCAAUUCCAACUUGGACGUAUUUUUGCUCUCUACGCGUGCUGGUGGUGUGGGUAUAAACUUGGCCACGGCUGAUACCGUCAUCAUCUGGGACUCAGAUUUCAACCCUUACGCUGAUUUGCAGGCUAUCAGUCGCGCGCACCGUAUUGGACAAAGAAACAUGGUCUUGAUUUAUCGCUUUAUGACACGACUCUCCGUUGAGGAACGGAUUUUGCAAAUAGGCAAGAAAAAGAUGGCUUUGGAGCACGUCGUAGUAGAAAAGAUGACGGCGGUAGAGGACGAUAUUGAAGAUAUCGAGUCAAUUCUAAAAUUUGGCGCACAGGCUCUGUUCGAGUCUGAAGAUUCUGCCGAUAUCACGUACGACUCUGCAGCUAUAGACAAGCUACUGGAUCGUGAACAGUAUAAAGCAGCAGCGGAAGCACAAAAGGAAAGAGAAAUAGCAGAGUCUGAAAAAAGAAAAAACUUUAGCUUCUCAUUUGCCAAAGUGUGGAAGGCAGAAGGUGGCACGGAAGAUUUGCAGGAAGACCCAGAAGACGAUGCGGCUCGCGCUGAUUUUUGGGAAAAGUUCUUGCAAAACAAACAGAAAGAGAUUGAACGUAAAAAUGCUGAGAAGAAACUGCUUGCUCAGAAUCUUGGAAGAGGUGCACGUAAACGUGCCAAAGUGUCUUAUAACGAAAAGAAGCUUAAUGAUGCAGCUACUAAAAAAUCAAAGAAAGUAAAAAAAGAUGAUGAGGGAAUGGAAAGCGAUACAGAAUACUUGUUUAGCGAUAGAGAAGAUGAAGAAAUUACGGAGCUUAUGGAGACAGAAGCCUUGGGCGGUUUGGUUGUUUCCGAUCCUGUCCCGCCAGAGGAACCCGUAAAGCUAAAGAAACCAAGAAAAUCAAGAGCCAAAAAGAGUCAACCAAAUACAGAGCCAGAGCCAGAACCUCAACUUGAGAUUAUCGAUGAAAAUGAAUAUACCAAGAUGCUAGUUAUGAGACAACAAUUAGAGCAUGAUAGGAAAGAGCAGAGAAUGAGAGAGGAGCAAAUACGAAUGGAACAAAUAAGACAGGAAAAUAUUCGACAAGAGCAAAUACGAGUACAGCGUUUCCUUCAAAUCUCAUCGCUACAGCCAACACCAGGCACUCCUCCAAGAGUGGAUAUAAAUUAUGCUGUGCAACUUUCUGAGGUUGUACAAUCUUACUUUGUAAAGCACAGUGAAGUGGUGCAGAACUAUCUCAUAUAUUGUGGUCAACAGAAAAUUCCAAAAUCUGUUUAUGAUACAUCAGUCAAUGCUUCACUUACACAAUUGGGCUCCACAAUUUACAAAGAGUUUGAAACAGCAAUCAAUCUUGAGAUAGAAGAAUGGAAGAAAGUAGGAGCAGAGAAAAAUGCACUUAACUCGUACGUCCAUGCUAAACGAGUAACCUUCAAAAGUACAUUUGAAGCCGCAAUGGCUCAAUUCCAUCAAUGGAAGUCUCACAAUGAGCCACUACUCAUCAUUAUGGGAAAGAAUCACGGUGAUUUGGAAAAAAUACAUAGAGAACAAAGUACACUUGCAUUUCAACAGGCUCUCUCUCAAGGAGUCAACACAAACAGGCAUUCUCAACCUGCACCUGUCCCGCAAGCGUUCUCUCCAGCUGUGUCUCGGUCUAUAUCGCAACCUGUGUCGCAACCUGUGUCGCAGCCUAUACCACAGCCUAUACCACAGCCUGUUUCCCAAUCUGCUCCAAAACCUGUGUCGCAGCCUGCAUCACAAGCUUCACCUCAAAGACUCUCUUCGGUCGUAUCACAAUUUCUAUCUCAGGCUGCUCCGCAAUUUUUAUCACAGAUAGUUUCUGCAGCUGUCAAACGGCAGGUCACCCAACCUGCUCCAAAACCUGUAUUGCAGCCUAUUCCUCGCCCUACAUCUCAGCCAGUCUCCCCAGUUAGGCCACAACCUUCCUCUCAGCCGCAACGACAUCAAGCUGCCUCUAUAGGUGCUCAAUCUCUCGCUGAAGCUUUUCCACAAAUUUUUACUAACGCUAAAGCUAAUCCUCCUUCUAUUGCCCAACCUGCAUCUCAGUCUGCCUCUCAGUCUGCAUCACAACCUAUCUUUCGGGUUGCCACACAAACUGCCUCACAGCCUGUCUCACAGGUACCUCCUUUCCCUGUUUCGGGUCCAGUAGCCAAGGAAAAGAAAACUAAUAGUGUUGUAAACCCUAUUGUGAUUGAUGAAGUUAGUGAUGACGAAAAUGAUCACACUCAGCCUAACUUCUUUCUCAUGCAAUCUAAGACUGUCACAUCUCCUCAGACUUCCACUCCUUCUCGGUCUACGACAAAUCAAAUAAAGUUUGUUGAAUUUUAAUGCUUGUAACUAGAUCCAAAUCUUAACUGACUCUGG